AGCUUUGAUUUCCAUAAAUUUAAAUAUAUUUUCAAAAUUAAUAAAAAAUUUCAAAAUUAGAAAUAAUUUAUAAGAUUAAAAAUGAUCCUAUUUGAAUUCCUAGUUAUUCUCGGCUUGUCUUCUUCAUUCAUCAAAGCGAAAAACUUGAAAUCACUGAGCUGUUCGUCUUCAUUUCCUGAAGUUUGUGGACCACAUGCAAUUUGUAUUGAAGAAGAUCCAUUCGAAGAGUCAAAUAAGUUAUCGUAUUGUGAAUGCAAUUCUUUUGCUUAUGGAGCGCCUCCAUAUUGUAAAUCAAAAUGCAAAGAAAAUUGCAAGUCAAAUGAAUAUUGUGACAACAUCCAAAAGGUGUGCAUGAAAAAAUGCGAUGACGACGAGAAUUGUGCAAUCGAAGAGUACUGUAGAUUUCAUGAAGGUGAUUGCAUGAAAGGUUGUAGGAACCACAAAUCUUGUAAAGAUACUGAAUUUUGUGAUCCACAUAAAAGAGUUUGCACGAGUGGAUGUAGAGGAGAUGAAUUUUGUAAAUCCGAUGAAUAUUGUGACUUCUUCAAGAAUACAUGCAUUAAAGGCUGUAAAGAUGAUUAUUCUUGUAAUGACGAUGAAUAUUGUGAUAGUUUUAAUGACAGAUUAUGUAAAAAAGGAUGUCGUGAGUGGCCAGGAAAUUGUAUAAAAGGAGAAUUUUGUAAUUCUGAUAAUCAUGAAUGUGAAAAAGGUUGUGAACAUGACACACAUUGUAAAUCAAAUGAACUAUGUAACUUAAACAACAAAAAGUGUUAUUCUUAUUGCCAUGAAUCUCCAUGCGGAAAUAACUCUGUUUGUACAAUAGUAGACAAUAAUCGUCAUUGUUCGUGCAAGACUGGAUAUUCUCCUUUACGAAGAGUUGGAUGCAAACGCAAUCGUGGAAGUGGUUCUAUCGUGGAUGUUAAUGUUGACAAUAUUGAUUGUCAAAAAUAUUGUGGGCACCAAAGUAUGUGUGCUAUAGAGAACAACAAAAUUGCAUGCUACUGUUUAAAUGACAAUAGAAACAAUCCAUUCAUUGAUUGUGGAGUCUUGCAACCUAAUGUCCCUCCUCUACCAACUUCUUCAAGCAAUGCUAGUAUAGUUGAGUAAAGUGGCAUUUUUAAUCUGCUUGUAAUUUGGUAGAUUUUUAAUGGCGGUAAAAUUUAUUUAUUGAAAUGUGUGAUAAGGUUUAUUUAAAAUGUUAUAAAAUUUAUCUUAAAUAGUCUUUAAUUUUAUUUAAAUCAAAU